AUGCCUCGCGGCGGCGCGUCGCGCGUCGCGGUGCUCGCGCUCAUCGCGCUCGCGACGUCGGCCGCGCCGCGUCGCGCGACCGCCGAUCGCGCGCGCCUGCCGAGAGACGCGCGCGACGAACGAUUGGACGACGACGACGCGCGAUUGCGCGCCGAGGAGCACGUCGCGUACGCCUCGGACGCGCGAUCGCGCGUCGGACUGCGACGCGACGGCGCGGACGCGCGGCAGUGGAUCGAGCGAAUCUCGGAGUCGCCGCGGGCGUACGUGUACAGAAAUUUCCUGACGCGCGAGGAGGCGGAGGCGACGAUCGCGGCGGCGCGGCGGACGAUGCGACGGAGCGAGGUGGUGAACGAGGCGGACGGAACGUCGAAGACGAGCGAUGAGAGAACGUCGAGCGGGGGGUGGGUGAGCGGGGAGGAUUCGGAGGUGAUGGCGAACAUCGAACGACGGGUCGCGGCGUGGACGAUGCUGCCGAGAAAUCGAGGCGAGACGACGCAGGUGAUGCGGUACGAGGCGGGGCAGGAGUACGCGGCGCACGAUGAUUACUUUCACGAUGAAGUGAACGUGAAGAAUGGUGGACAGCGCGCGGCGACGGUGUUGAUGUAUCUGAGCGACGUCGAGGAGGGGGGGGAGACGGUGUUUCCGCGAGGGACGCCGCUGGGGGGGGCGGCGCCGGAGAAGAGCGGAGUGACGCAAGGAAACGCGUGCGAACGCGCGUUGAGGGGAGACCCGAACGUCUUAGCUGUGAAACCGCGACGCGGAGACGCGCUGCUGUUCUUCAACGUGCAUUUGAACGGCGAAGUCGACGAGCGCGCGCGACACGCCGGGUGCCCGGUGGUGCGCGGGACGAAGUGGACGGCGACUCGCUGGCAGCACGUCGGCGCGCUCAAUAUCGGGAGUUUUGCGCGCACGGAUUCGCAGACGACCUAG